ACACUCUGGUUAGUGCCGCCGCCGCUGCCGCCGUCGCGCGCGCGGAAGCUUGCGCAACUUUUACUGACCGUCCCUUUCCCCAGCGCAUCCCCAACGAGGUCGCCGCGGAAUCGGCGCAGAGGAGGCCCUAAUCGUCGGCCCAGCCGGCGGCAAGGUCAUCUGGCCCGUCGAGGUUGGGCAGGACGGCGACGACACGUUCCUGGGCCGCGGGUGGCACGAGUUCGCGGAGGCCUGUGGCGUCGGUGCCGGGUGGCUCCUCGUCCUCCGCCACCGCGGCCGCGGCGUCCUCUCCGCCAAGGCGUUCGACGCCACCUUCUGCGUCAGGGAGCUCGGCGGCCCACCAGCUCCACCUGCAGGUGAAGCUACCGCGAGCAUCAAAGAUUCCACCCAUAAGCCAAAGUUCAUCAGAGUGCUUCCACGAGCUAAUACCUGCUAAGUUCGUGCAACAGUACAUCCCCAAAGAGCUCCUAGACAAUCGUAUGGCCAUCAUUUUGGGCCCCGGCGGCAAAGUUUAUAACAUUAUGCUCGAAGUGGGGCAUUGGGGCGUGUUCUUUGCAGGUGGUUGGUCACAGUUUCUCAUGGUUCAUGACAUUACUGAAGCUAAUUCUCUGCUGUUAAGGUACGAGGGAAACAUGGUUUUUACAGUUAAAGUUUUUGAGACCCAUGGAUACCAGAGAGAAGCCAAGCACAAGGAAAACAGAGUUCUACAAACAUCAACAUUGCCAACUGUUAGUGGAGAAAAGAAACCACAAGACUCCAGAACUUCUUUGGACCAGACAUCAUUCAAGAAGACAUAUGUCUAUGAGAUCGGGCCACCAUCCUGGAUAGAGAAGCAGAUCAAUGCCAACACACUCAAACAUCGUCUUGUUUUGCCAAAUGCUUUCUGUGAUGCUAUUGGGUUGCUGGAACGUUGCACGAUCACACUCAAGACCGCGAGCAAUGGUAGCAGAUCAUGGCAGCUACAUGGUUGUCCAUGCAAGGAUAGAAGGUACCUGCUUGCACAGGGUUGGAGGAGGUUCUGCCUGGAGAAUAAUCUCAAGGAAGGUGACAUCUGCACCUUUAAUGUCAUCGAAAGCACGACGUGGCAUGUCAAUAUCACCCGUUUAGGAAGCGUAAGAGCAGAAAUGACAGCUUAAGCAGUGAAGACCAAAACAAGCGAAAAAGCUCCAUUUCUUUGAAGAGUGCAUUGUCAUGUGCGAAUGGCGUAUAUGAGGUUGGGCCACCGGCUUGGAUAAAGGAGAUAAGCACCAGAAUGAUUAGAGCAUAUAUUAGUUUUCCAGCGGCGUUCUGCGAUGCGAUUGGUCUCCGGGAAGCUUCCAUGAUCACAUUCAAGACCUCACUAAGCAGCACCAGCUCUUGGCAAGUGCGUGUUCUCCCAUACAAGAAUACCAGCCACCAGGUCGGGUCAGUCUGGAAGAGGUUCUGCCGGGAGAAUGAGAUCAAGGAAGGUGACGUUUGCACCUUCAACAUAGUUGAAUCCUUGCUCUGGCAUGUCGUCGUUGACCGUUGUUAAGCUUGGACCUGACAUCAGUACAUCUGUGACUUUUGUUAAAAAUGCUGAGAUGUACUCUUCUUAAUAUGACAUGACGGUACAUCGGUCCGUCUUUAAGUUUAGUAAAAAGCUCUGGGAUGCUACUCUUGAUGUGAAAUAUUCAAGUUUGUCAGUUAGUCAA